AUGGCAUCGAUCACGCUGCAUGAUUCGACCAUGAUGCCCACCCACACAGAAGUGGGGAGUGAACUGACGCACGCCAAGAAGUGUGUGACGGUGCUACUGCUGGACCCCGACCCCGCUCUGCAUCAGCGGGCAUGCGAGGCAGUGCUGGAGAAGGCGUGGGCAACGGCAGAGCAUAUGCUCAGCGCCGUGCUCUCACGCGCUUUCGUGCACACCAACGCCAUUAUCUUUGCCCUACCACCGUUUGAUACCUCCAACAUGCUGCUGCAGCCUCUGUUGCCAACAUUAACAAGACAAUCAUCAACACCAGCGGCAUCAGCAGCAGAAGCAGCAGUGUCGUCAUCAUCAUCGUUGCCGUCACUCUCGCGGGGCUCACCACUUAAAAUACAUAACCGCGGGUACUCUGCGGACGCCACAUGCAGGAGCGUGCAGACACUCAUCGAGCUUGGCGACGCCGCAAGGGCAUUUGAGAAACUCGAGAAGAGAUUCAAUGAGUACGUUACGCACAUCAUCGGCCUCCUCGAAGCCACCUGCGGAGAGGAUACCGAGGGCGAUCGGACGUUUUUGCGCCUCUCACACGCGUGGGGCCACUACCGCCUUGCCAUUGUGGAGCUACAGGAGGUAUGGGUAUUCCUCGACCGCUGUCACUCUAGAAGGGAGCGUACGAUGUCGUCCAUCGAGAGCCUCGCCAUGCCCAUCAUGCGGCAGGCGCUGCUGCUGCAUCCGUGGCUGCUGCCACGCGCACAGGCCGGAUUCCUUAUGUGUCUGCAGCUCGACUUGGAGCAUGCGAGGGAUACCCGGCGUGAGCUACGCCUCUUUACUGACCUCUGCAUCGUCGCCGAGGUGUACAACACGCGCUUGGAGCCGGAAAUAUUAGUUGUCGUAUCGAAAUUCUACAAGGCCAUGACGAAGCGCAUGUGGCGUGACGGCGUGCGCGCAGGGGCAUUCUUCCAGCAGGUGGACACCUACCUGAAGGAGAACCGCCAUCGUGUAGAAGCAUUCCUUCACCCCAAGUCACUGCCGGGGUUGGAGGAGGCCGUGCAGAGGUCCAUGCUGCUCGAUCAUGGCAUUGACUUCCUACGGCUCGACUUUGGGCAGCUCACGAAGGAGGCGGCAUGCGACGGCUUGCGCCUCGCCUGGCGGCUCCUCGCAUUGGGUGACUACGUGCACCUCGCAAAGGAGUGUGGCGUGGUGUUUCGUCGAUACAUUGCCGUGAAGGGUGCGGCCGUGAUGCGUGAAGUAGCUACAAAGCCAGUUGAUGCCGGUGAGUGGAGUGCUGUAAAGGCGAUGAUUGAACUCAAGCGUUGCGGCGAGCGUGUUAUACAUGAGGGGUUCGCAGGGGACUCUUUAUUUUUCGUGCAGCUGCGUGCCGCUCUGACGGAGGCGCUGCAGGAGCACCAAGCGGAGUUUGCAGAGCAACUGGCACGGUAUCUUGACUAUGUGAUACGUGAGGGCCCAGACGACACACUGGCCUUGAUGAACAACAGAAGUAACACCACUAACCACUAUACUACCACUACCGCUGAGGAUGAUGAUGAUGAUGCUGAUGGUGCCAGUUGUGCGGUGUCUUACUCAACAGUUCCGAUAUCGUCGCCUAAUACUACCAUUGGUGGUGCUAUGAGAUCCGCUGCUACUCCUACUACGAGUGGCUACCUUUCUGAGGUACUGAAGGACAUUGUGUCCAUCUACGCCCUUAUUCCCUCCAAGGACGUUUUCGAGGCGUUCUACUGGCGGGAUUUGGCGUACCGCCUGCUACAUCACCAACAAACCCCAAGACUCGAGGUGGAGGAGAGCUUUAUUCAGUUUCUCAAAGAGAUGUGUGGUGUAGAGACGUCGCGUUUCGAGGGAAUGCUCGGCGAUCUCAAAGGAUCGGGUGAUCUGAACGAACGCUACCGUGGGUGGGUGGACGAGCGAAACGCCGGCGCGCCCAAGCCGAGGCCGCCGCGGAUGGAGAUCGAGAAUGAGGAGGAGGAAAAGCAACAGCAUGAAGAGGGAGGGGAGGAAGCACCGGCGGUAGAGGCAGGGGAGGAAGAGUCGGCGGCGACUGUCAUGGCCGCACUCAGCUCUGUAGAAGUGAAGCUGCACAUCUUAACAGACGCCUAUUGGCCGAGGCAGACACCGCUGGAGUUGCGUCUACCACCACCGCUGUGCACACUCGCCAAAUGUGUGCAGGAUUUCUACCGCCACUGCUUCACCGACCGUCGACUCUUGUGGCAGCACCAACUCUCCUCGGCAGUCGUAACGUACACAUUCGGUGCCGUGCGACGACAGCUGACCGGAACACUCCUUCAAGCUUCUAUGCUGCUCGUCCUGCAGGACAUGAUGGACACAGCACGGCAGGAGGGGCACCCAUUCUCGCCGACAGUUGGCGUACUGUGCGAGCGGCUCGCAGUCGACAUAUCGCUGCCAGAUGUGGUGGGCGCCGUCCUUGGCCUAUGUCAUCCGAAGUUCCGUCUAUUGCUGCGUGAACCUGCCACGAGAGGAACUGAUAGCGGCAGCGAGGCUGUUGGUAACGCCGGUGCGAUGUCGCUAUCAGCAGACGACCAACUUCUACUGAAUGAUGAAUUCACGUUCGGUGCGAUGCGCCGCCGCAUUCCUUUCUUCACCGCCCGACGUCGCCGCGACAGCGCGGCCGAAGGUAGAGCCGAUGAUGAAUCUAAACGCACCUCUGACGGCAUCCUGGUGGAGCGGUCGCAUGUCAUUGAAGCCGCUGUGGUGCGCCUCAUGAAAAAGAAGCGCUGCGUGAGCCACGAGGAACUAGUGGAGACGAUCCCAACGCUUUUGCGCUUUCCCGUCAUGACAGCGACGCUGAAGAAGGCGAUAGAGCGGCUUAUCGAGCGUGGAUUUCUCGAGCGCAGCGGGGCCACCGCGUACAGGUACCUUUCGUGA